GGGCGGUGCGCGACCCGGAAGAGGAGGCACCUCCGCCCGCCUGACUUCCCCGGCAAGCAGGGAGGCAGGGAAUCGGGCAGCCCGGCGCCAUGCUGCAGUUCUUGCUUGGUUUUACUCUUGGCAAUGUGGUUGGGAUGUAUCUGGCUCAGAACUAUGAAAUUCCUAACAUUGCAAAGAAGCUUGAAGAUUUUAAGAAGGACGUGGAAGCUAAGAAGAAACCUCCCAGUGACAAGUCCUAAGAAAGCAGUGUUACCCAGAUCACCUCUGUGUGGACAUUAAGGAUGCAAUUUACCUUUCAGGCAACAAAGAUCAAGUAGAGAGUUGGCAUGGAAGGUUCCUCUGCGUUUAGUCUCCUAGAACUGGAAUGUCCUGCUUCUAAAAGAACAGCCAUGAACUUUUCCUAGGGUGGGUUUUCAAGGGUUUCAUAUUUGUAUUUGCAUCUGAUAUGUGGCUGGAUAAGGUUGUUUGUAUGUUUUGUUAUUGCUUUUCCUAAUAUUUUGUAACCCAUUUUUACGUGAUCCAGCUAGAGCCCUGUUAGCCCUGUUACUAUGUGUACCUCACACUUUGUAAUACUCUACUUCUUCGAACAUCACAAAAGAAAUUAAAUGCAUCAAGAAGUAACUUUCAGGAUUUCUUGUCAUGUGUUGUGAGCAGCAGUACUUCAGUGUCCUUGAGAUACGUUUUCUAUUAUUGGAGACGGGAAAAUUCAUUUGUCAAACUCUGAACCUGGGGUGAAGGGAGGAGCUCCUGCUGUUUCCACUUUGUUAAAUGAUCACCACCAGCAGUGUAGACUUUGCACAAACAUGGCUAAUUUCAAAAAGUGCAAAAGACCAUUAACUUUAACCCAUAUUUCAAAUUCAUUUUUUCUUCUAUUAUUUUCUCUUCUUUAAAUCUGCUUGGUUGCUUGAGGAUAUCUUGAGUGAUGGAGUGGAUGGGAAAGAGAAGAGUUAUCUUCCAGCGAUAACUAGGGCCAUGGAGUUAUGUUGUGAAUCUAAAACAUUCACUCUAUGUACAUAAUGGUUCGAUCUGUGUAAUUUUUCUAAGUAUGCUUUUUUAUGCUUCUUGGUGUGGAGCAAGGGCUAGAGUUCAGUAUUUCUAUCAAAUGUGUCUGGUAUUCCCACUGCUUCCUCAUUCCUGUGCAUAGUCUUCAGCUCAUUGCCUCUGCAUUUGGUUCAGUUGUCUACCAUGUGUUUUUGUAGGAUUAGAACCACUUGUCUGCUCUCCCCCUUAUUGUCUGUCCACUAUACUGCUUUCCACCCCUUGCUGCCACUAAAAACCCUGCUGUGUGAGAAAAUGCACCUCAUAUUGCAGCACUGUACUUUUCUGUUUGGAUGGAAAGCAAAGUCUGCAUUUGGAAACCACAGUUUUCUACAAAUUCUGUUGUAAACACUGUAGAAAAUAUUGCAGUAAUUUGAAUAGACAUAAGUUUUAUUUGAUAGGUUGUUAAGAUAAUUUACUUAACUUUGCUUUUUUUUCUGUAAAAUAGGAGAGUCUUAUCAAAUCUGUAAGGUGACUUAAAUCAUUGAGUCUCCUUGACACUCUUUAGCAGCGUGUGAAGAAAAAAUUUUCUACCUUCACUAUGUGAUUCACCAGUCACACUAAAAUUACUAUGGACUCUUUGCUUUCACCUGCUUUACUGAAAUUGGAUUGUUCUCCUUCUUUUAAUUUUUAAUUUUGAGGAUAGGUACCAGAAAGAUAUUCUUUUAGUAACAAUGCCUGUUGACGGACCGUUACAGACAAGUAGGAGGAACAGGCACAGAAAAAUACUCCUUCAGGCUUUAGAUUAAAACUUACCUAGAGUGCUUCUCCGUCAGUGUUUUAGUUAAGAUAAGGAGUGUGGCUUCAAAGUGAAUAGUUCUAAUACCAUGCUUUCAUUUUCGUUGGAGAAACGCUAUAGAGCACAUGGACUGGAUUUCUUUCAGAAGAGACUAUACCAGAAGAUGUGCUUUGAUCUCUAAUGGGUGUUUAGUGUGUGAGACAGGCCUAGUGACAUUCAGAGGGAAAAUGUCCCAAGCUUUGGAUGUGGACUAUUUCUAUUUGUAGACUCAAAGUACUGGGCUGAUGGAGAUAAAAAUAGCCUGAAAGCUUUUAAGAACAAGACUCCUCAUGUACCCACUGUAAUUUUCACCCUGUACCCCAAAGCCUUUAACUUGAAUGUAUCUGAGUGGAUUCCAAGCUCAGGAGUUUUCACUGGAUAAGCAAGGACACGCUUACAGGUUACCUUACACCAAACUUCUGCUUCCUUUUCCAGUUUGGUUAUGGCAGAGUUCUUCUACAAUGGAGUCCUACAAUUGGGAAAAGUAUUUCUCAUAUAAAGAUUCUCCUUUUAAAAAAAUAUAUAUCUACAUAUACACGAGAAAUAUUUCACCUGUAGCUUUCCAUCCUUCCUUUCACCAUUUGCCUGAACUGUGUAGCUAACUUUAAAGCUUGCAGUCUUUGCUAAUAAAUAUUUGACUAGUUUAAAAGCCAUCACCAGUCAGCCAAUGUUAGUAGCUAUACAACUAACUCUUUCUAUAGUACACACUCAAAAAGCACAAAGAAGGCUAAUUUUGACCACCUAACAUUAGUUAUCUGAAACCUUAUGGUUGCAGCAUGUGUUGAAGAGGCCAAGAAUACACUUGGUGAAUGGAGUUCACAAAUAAA